CCCCGGGCCCCGCGCCCCGACCCCGCCGCCGAGCCUGCCGGGGGGCCUCGCGCGCCCCCUCCGAGCCUCACGCUGCAGUUCCUGGCCGUGCUGCUGGCCGCGGGCAUGCUGGCGUUCCUCGGUGCCGUCAUCUGCAUCAUCGCCAGCGUGCCCCUGGCGGCCAGCCCCGCGCGCGCGCUGCCCGGCGGCCCCGACAACGCCUCGGCCGCCGGCGCCCCGGGCCCGCAGCGUAGCCUGAGCGCCCUGCACGGCGCGGGGGGCUCGGCCGGGCCCUCGGUGUUCCCGGGGGAGCCGGCAGCCAGCGUCUUCCCGCCUCCUCCGCCGGCCGGGCCGCUGCUCAGCCGCUUCCUCUGCACGCCGCUGGCCGCCGCCUGCCCGUCGGGGGCCGAGCAGGGGGACGCGGCGGGCGAGCGCGCCGAGCUGCUGCUGCUGCAGAGCACGGCGGAGCAACUGCGCCAGACGGCGCUGCAGCAGGAGGCGCGCAUCCGCGCCGACCGGGACACCAUCCGCGAGCUCACGGGCAAGCUGGGCCGCUGCGAGAGCGGCCUGCCGCGCGGCCUCCAGGACGCCGGGCCGCGCCGUGACACCAUGGCCGACGGCGCCUGGGACUCGCCCGCGCUGCUCCUGGAGCUGGAGGACGCGGUGCGCGCGCUGCGGGACCGCAUCGAGCGCAUCGAGCAGGAACUCCCAGCCCGUGGGAACCUCUCCUCAGCGCCAGCCCCAGCCGUGCCCACUGCCCUGCACUCCAAGAUGGAUGAGCUAGAAGGCCAGCUGCUGGCGAAGGUGCUGGCGCUGGAGAAGGAGCGUGCUGCCCUCAGUCAUGGCAGCCACCAGCAGCGGCAGGAAGUGGAGAAGGAGCUGGAUGCCUUGCAGGGGCGUGUGGCUGAGCUGGAGCACGGGUCCUCGGCCUACAGUCCCCCGGAUGCCUUCAAGCUCAGCAUCCCCAUUCGCAACAACUACAUGUACGCUCGCGUGCGCAAGGCGCUGCCGGAGCUGUACGCCUUCACCGCCUGCAUGUGGCUGCGCUCCAGGUCAGGUGGCUCCGGGCAGGGCACCCCCUUCUCCUACUCCGUGCCCGGGCAGGCCAAUGAGAUCGUGCUGCUGGAGGCCGGCCUUGAGCCAAUGGAGCUGCUGAUCAACGACAAGGUGGCCCAGCUUCCCCUGAGCCUGAAGGACAGCAAUUGGCACCAUAUCUGCAUCGCCUGGACUACGAGGGAUGGACUGUGGUCUGCAUACCAGGACGGAGAACUGCGGGGCUCUGGGGAGAACCUGGCAGCCUGGCACCCCGUCAAGCCACAUGGCAUCCUUAUCCUGGGCCAAGAACAGGAUACCCUGGGGGGCCGAUUUGACGCCACCCAGGCCUUCGUUGGUGACAUUGCACAGUUCAACCUGUGGGACCAUACCCUGACACCUGGCCAGGUGCUGGGCAUGGCCAACUGCACUGGGCCACUGAUGGGCAAUGUCCUCCCCUGGGAAGAUAAGCUGGUGGAGGCCUUUGGAGGUGCAAAGAAGGCCGCCUUUGAUGUCUGCAAGGGGAGGGCUAAGGCAUGAGGGGCCACCUCGUCCAGGGCCCCUCCCUUGCGUGUCACCUCGGGGACCUUGAAGGGGCACUUCCCUCCUCAGCCUGUCCAUGUGCUGGCCUCCCCCUCCAACCCCCUGACCCCCAGCUGUACCCCCCACCUCCCCUUAGGGGCACCCACACCUCCAGAAUGUCCUGCCCUGGAUGGAUGUCCCCCCAGCCACCUGGAUAGGGACCAGUAUCUCAAGUCAAUUGGUCCAACCUAGGGGAGGAGAGACAGUCCCACCUCAUGGCAAUAUAUUGAUUUGGCCUCUCCCCUCACAUGCUGUCCCACCAGUCAUGUCGGGUCUCACUAAUCCCAACAACAUCCCCUGAGGAGUUGUGGGUAGAGGCGGCCUUUGACCCUCUCAUCCCCUAUGCUUCAACAUAGGCCUACAUCAGGCUUGAAGGGAUGCCAGAGAUGUAUGAGGUCCUCUGUCUUCCUCAGUUGCCCACAGGGGCUGCAGGGUCAUCAUGCCCUCUUUCCCCCUCCCUCCCCUCAACAGUUUCAUUGUGUGUUGUGGUUUGAAUGUCGGUUCAAUGUCAGUUCAGGCUCCACCUCAGCUGCCAGGAGUUCCCUUCCCAGCUCUUACCCUAACAGCUAGGGACCAAGACCUCGGAGGCCAAAGGGCUGUAAUCACCCCCUGUGCCCAUUGGCAACUUUGCCCAUCAGCAUGGUUGUCUGCCCCCUCUGUGCCCAAGACAGGACCUGGGUCGCUCUAGCCUCGCCUGAGAGCAUCCAAAGCAGAGCUACUAUGACCAAGGAGACACUGCCCCAGCAAAGCCUGGUGGGUUAGCCACCGGAACAGCUCCUGCAUGGCCCUGGAAAGGAUGAAAGAUGCUAAGGGGGAGAGUGGGACACCGAGUAAGGGAGAGGACCUCUUAGUUCCUGCAACUUGCUGUGUGGCCUUCUGUAAGAACCAACCCUCUCUGGCCUGGCUUUCCUCCUUUCUGAGCUGAGGCCGUAGUGUUGGUUACUUCUGAGAAUGCUGCUUUUGGGACACGAGAUGGGCCGUGACAUCUGGUGGACAGAGAAGACAACCUGAAGGCCCAGUGACUUAGCCCAGAAGGUUCUGGAACUGGAUAGCAGAUGGGAUCAGGCUAGGCAGGGGUUAGGCUCACAGCUGGCUCAGAGGGUCAGGAUCAAGGAUGAGGUUCAAGGCAGAACAGACACACAUAAUCAUCAGCUCCCGUUGGAUCCAUUGCCCUUGCCCUUCUGAGAGUGUAUGAGCUGAUGGCUUCCUCGUCCCUGCCUGUGAGUCCUUGCCAGCUCCCCCAGGAGCCCCAAAGAAUGCCAGAGCUGAGAGAGACCAUCUAUUGUAAGCUUUGCUUGUGGAAGAUGGGAAUGAGCUAAGAGAGGGCAUUUAACUUAUCCAGGAUCAAACAGCACAACACGGUGGGCCCAGGGCUUCUGAGUCUUUUCAGUGCCCUCCCCUGUGUGCCAUGGUGUCUGUCCUUGAGCGUCUUUGAGCCCAGCCUGUAAGUGCGCAGGGAGACGUUUGAGGGGAUACAUGCUUUCUCACAGGGCAUCGGAACAGUCUUUAUGGCACACCCAAACACAUCGGCAGCCUCGGGAGGUAAGGAAAAGAGCCCGGACAGAGAGACAGCUGAGGAUGCAGGGUCCUGCUGAUCCUCUCCCAAGUGUGGUAGUGGAUGCUGGCUGAACCAGUGGGUACUGGUGCCUCCUGCCCCACCCCCCAUUCUUGUCCCUGUCUGUGCUCUCCAUGGCCACUCAGCCCGAGACAUGACGCAGGAGUGGGGGAGGCUGCAGCCCGUGCCAGGGAGGGAAGCAUGUCCAAGACUUGCCUCUGGCCUGCAGAUCUGUGUUUCCAUUUUGAGAGCAGCCAUGCGGCUCAGCACCUCCAUCCCCAUCCCCUGAAGAUAGUUGCAGAGACUUUACCCAGACUUGCUGAGAUCCCGGUUGCCCAGUAACAGCCAAUGACAACAGCCCCAGUGCUGGGUCAAGUAUCUGUCUUGACGAAGGUUGUUGCUGGGUGACAGCUGGAUUCGGAACUUAGACCUCGGGGACUCUGAGCCUCACCAGGCUCUUGCUGUUGUUCUAAAAGAGGCAGCUUUAGAGGAGGCCUUGGGAAGACAGUCUUAGGAAGGAUGUAGCAGAAACUGCCUGGUCAUUUGAGCCCACCAGACAUACCACCCCAAUCCUCUCUGCUCUGUCAAGGUGGUGAUGAGAAAUGACACCUCAGCCACAUCUCUGUCUGGUCACUUUGUCCCACUGAGCUGGCAGUGUCCCAGUACCCAGGAAAACCCCCUUCUACCUGCUCCACACCUGCACAGGUGAAGACAGCAGAUAAGCCUGGGGCUUCCUAAGCAUUAACACUCAAACAUCCACAGCCAGAAAGGCCCUGGUUAAACACCAACCCCAUAGCCCAGGAGGCGGGGGAGGGGGGAAAUGGAAGCCUGGGGCAGGGCUCUGAGUAUGGCUCACUGGGGAAGGGGCUGGCUCUCUAUUUCCAAAGCCCCUACCUGCAGCUCCCAAGCACAGCCAACAAGAUAGCUGUGACCCCCAGCUGCCCCUGAUGAAGAUAGAACGAGGCUUGUUAGACAGCCUUACACACUGCGGCUGCACAGAGCGCUGUAUCCGCACCAUCUGCUUUAUUCUCGAAGCACAGUUACAAAGUGGGACUGUUCUUAGCCUUGUGAUGCAGGAGGCGAGGAUGCGCCUCAGAAAGGUAAAGCAUCAUUUGGCCAACUGGCAACAGUGCGGAUUUCUAUUUGGAGACAGGUUACAGUUACAAAGGACUGUGCCACCUCCUUCACGGUGCAGAAGGAGCAGAGGCGUAGUGUGGGGCUCAAGGCCAUUGAGGGGUCUCUCACCUCCGCCCAAGCUCAAGCUGAGCUGUAGUUUUCAGGGCAAGAAAAGAGGAUCUCUGGAGUCUGGUCAGGAAGGCAGGGCGGAAGUGAUGCUUCCUCCCCCUGUUCUGGGCAAGGCCUAUGUCAGGUGCACUAAGCUGUUUGCUGCCAGAUUCCCCACCUUUGAACAUGUAGUGACUUCUCCCAAGUCCCAAGGGACCAUCUCACCAUGUAUACUCGUGAAUGGGGACCACAGACUGAGGCAGGAGAAUCUGUGCGAGGGAACUCAAUCCUUGUAGAUGAGGAAGCUGAGGCCUGGCUGGGGAGUGCAAAUGACCCUUGAGGCUUCUCCAGAACACACAGUGACCCCUCCCUUCCCCCCAAAACUGGGUCUCACCUACAAGUCCCAGCACCUUUGGCCUAAGAAAACCCGAAGAAAGGUCUCCUCCCAGAUGAGGGACUACUGUCCUCACCCCUUAGCUCCAGCUGCCUGCCACCAAGAUCCUACCCCCAACCCUACCCCCCGUCCCUGUUGGGUGGAGAACGGGGCGCCUUCGCAGGCUGAGCAGCCAGCAGUGAGCAUGUGAAGUUGUGGGACACUGUGAAAUGAGUGCCCUCCACUGCCCUCCCUCCGCACUUUGCUCUAUUUUGUAUAUAAGUGACAUGAGAUGCUUUGUAUAUGUGUGAGUGUGUGUGUGAUCUGUGUCAUGGGUUUUUUGUUACCAUUUUUGUUUUUGUAAACUUGAAUGUUCAAAAUAAACACGUGGUUUACUCGGA